GGGUCUAGCCCCCGACUCCGACAGCACUCUUCUUGGCCAAGCCACGGCGCCUUCGUACCUUCCUAUUUGUGGCCGUAUCACGUUUUAUAGACACGCAAAUGUGGACUGACGGGAUUCUUCCAUGCCGCACCGAAAACCAUCCGGAGUGCUGAGCACCUCACGUGGUCAACGUCAUGUGCGGUCUAAUGCGGCAUCCACGACCGGCCCUGGUAGCCAUCGACUUACCACGCCUGGAGUAAGCACGGUCGACGUGCAGCCUCGGCCACGCAAAGAACCAGCCGCCGUCUUAAUCUACGGGUCCAGCCGCCUACUCGGAGAUGCCAGGACACAGCGCCUUCGUCACUUCCUGUCUGCGGCCGUAUCACCUUUUAUGGACACGGGUCCAGCCGCCUACUCGGAGAUGCCAGGACACAGCGCCUUCGUCACUUCCUGUCAGCGGCCGUAUCGCCUUUUAUGGACACGUGCGGCAGGAAUUCAUCGUGGUUUCGGACGUCGCUGCCGACGCCGGAACAAUCGGAAGGAAUGUCCUCGUCGUCGCAUUCCAGUUCGGGGACCUCGCUCACAUUGUCCAUCGGUCAACGCCAGUACCCGCACAGAUUUCGGCGCCCGACCGAGGAUCCUACGAAUGCAUUGGCGAACGGUUGAUUGA